UCAAAAUGCUUUAAAUUGAAACUUGAAGCAAUACUCUCUCUCAAUAACCGAUUCUGUUUGAAGAGAGAGAGUGAAAAGUUUAUCUUCUUUCUACCACCAUUAAUUCCAGUUUGAACAUUCAAGAACAGAGUUGAAGAGAAGUUAUUAUUUCAGAAAUAUGGAGGAAAUGAGUCAAAUGAAGAAGAUCAAGCAUAAAUACUCAUCUUCUUACUCUUGGUGGUUCCAGAGCCACAACAACGACAGUACGCAACAACGAUCGCCAUGGCUCCACGACACUCUUGCAGAGCUUGAAGAAACAACAAUGACGAUGCUGAAUAUAAUAGAAGAGGAUGGAGAUACUUUUGCGAAACGAGCGGAGAUUUAUUAUAAGAAGAGGCCAGAAUUGAUCGGUGUUAUCAAGGAUAUGUAUAUAUCGCAUCGAUCGUUAGCAGAGGAAAUCGAUAAACUCAAAUCUGAAUCCGUAUCAUCACACAAAUCGUACGAUAGUUAUUCAUUGGAAUCAACUGAGUCUGUACUGGUCUAUGAUGAUGAUCUAGACGAUGAAGAAGAAGAAGAUUUGGAUGCUGAGAUAAGUAUGAAAGAGAUUGAGGAAGAAGAGGAUGAUAAGAAGAGAAUGAUGAAUGAGAAAGAUGAAGAGAAAAGAGAGGUGAUUCGACAGUUAACAAUGGCUUUAGAUUCUGUGAUGGAGGAGAACAUGAUGAUGAAAAGAAAGCUUGCUGCUGUGUCCAUUAACAGAUCUUCGUUGGGAGGAAGAAGAAGACCGGUAUUAAGUGAGUUGAAAAGGAUCAAGGAUAUUGUUCUUGGAAAGUUCAUCUUCUUCAACAAUCUGCAUCUUUAGGUACUAACUAAUAUUUUAGCAGAUUUCUUACAUACAUACAGAUUACAGAUUACAGAUACACAAAUGGAGACUUAACUCACUCCAUAUUUGAAGAAAACACAUCAAA